AUGUCCGUCGCGAAUGGCGCGACUGGCGGCGCCGCUAACGAUGCCGGUCUGUUACAGGUUCAAGAGCAGCAGGGCAGUAGCGGAGCUGUGAAACCUUCCGCGACGGCUGCUGCUGGUGGGGCUGAGAACGGCGGAAAGGAUGGUGACGCUGCUUCACCAGGCACUGCGGGUCGAUCGUCGCUUAGCUCUGAAGUGUCCCCCUCGCCAGAUGCGAUCCCGGCCAUCGAUUGGAUGCUCGGGCAGAUGAAACGUUCGCUGGGUCAGCAGAAAAAAGAGACUGGUGCUGCUUCGAGCGUGGUGGCGGAGCACGGGGAUGAAACCCCUGCUGCAGCGGGCAGUGGUUCAGCUGGUAGUGGUUCCGCUUGGCUGCCCGUUCCCCGGUCGCUCAGAUCUGCCCCUCCCCCCGAAGUUGUCAACGCAGCCGCGAAGCUUUUGGCGGGAACUGGGACGCUGCUCGACCAGCUGAACGGAGUGGUAGAGAGCAUAGCGGUCGUGCCAGGCGCGGCAGCAGCUGACGCAGCAGGCUGGGUGGGGAUUGGGGGAGGUGGAUCUAACUCCACGGGUGGUGGGGGAAAAGGAGCAGGGCGAGGUGCGGCAGGGGGAGAGGGGGGCGGGAGAGGAGGGAGAGGGAGGGGGGGACGGCAAUCGGGAAGGAGAGAAGGAAGAGGUGGUGCAGGGAGCGCAGGGGACCCGAGUGCAGCACAGGGUGCUACUGGUGGUGGCAUUGGCAGUGGAAACAGCAGCGUUUGUGGUAGUGGCAGCGGCAGCGGCAGUGGCGGCAUGGGGUACAGUGGUCGCAAGGAUGCGUUGGUGCUGACGUUUCGAGAGGCCAAAGUGUCCGUGGUGGAGUUUGAUGAUGCGGUGCAGAGGCUCAAAGUCAGGUGCUCUGCUGUGCUGGUGUACCGCUGCCACCUGCACUUUCUCACUCGCAAGCAGCCAGGUCACACCCAGACAGGUCACAACCAUCCAGGCAACACAGAGACAGGUCCAGAUGCUGCCCUCAUCUCUCCCACAACCCAACGUUCUGCUUCCUUCAAGGGAGGCUUGGACCGUUCCUCCUCAUUCCGAGGAGGCUCAGCAGGCGAGGCUCCCAGGUUUGGCGGCUCGUUCACUAUCGACUUGCGCCCCCUUGGGAUCUCCAAUCCUUCCUUCCCCAUGCCUCCUUCAAUCAAGGUGCGGGAUUUUGUCUUCUUGUCCGAGCCUGGAGACCCGAUCGUAGCAGUGUUGUGGGAGGAGGGCAGCGCGUGGGCGGGGAGGCUGGGAGGGUCAUCCCCCGCUGUUCUAGAGGCCCGCUUCUCCUGUGCUGUCACCUUUCUGCGAGUGUCCCUGCACACCCGCUCACAUCUCAUACUUGGGACCACCAAGCAUCUUCCUUUCAAUUCUUGCAGUCUGUUCCCCGCCCCCUUCCCCAAAACCUCUUCCCCUCUCCCCUCCCGCUCCCUCCUUCUCCCCUCCCGCUCUCCUCGCUCUCCCCCCCUUCCCCCCCCACACUCCACCGUUCUUGCAGCAUCUCCCCUUGGACGCCUACGCGCUCUUCCCGCCCCCCUUCCCCCUCUGGAGUGGAGCCGGCUCGUCCUCCCUCCCCACUCCCUCCACUUCCGCUCCUUGAGAAUUCUUAAAAACGAGCCUUCCCUCCCUACCCUCCCUGCUCCACCCUACCUGCAGCAUCUUCCAUUUGACUCCUACGCGCUCUCCCCCGCCCCGUUCCCCCCCGGGGGGCUCCUCGUCCUCUCCCCCCACUCCCUCCACUUCUGCUCCUCCUCCUCCACCUGCCACCUGGCUCUCAACGAUUCGUCGCCGCCCGCACUGCCAGAUGGCACCGAGAUCCCCCGUCCACGUCAGCAGCCAGGGCAGGUGCCGCUGUCUGUGGAGCUGGAAGCAGCCCAUGCCACGUGGCAGCCUGUGAUUGGGCCAAGUGGAGGGCCGGUCGGGGUUGGUGGGAGCAGCAGCAGUGCUGUUGCGUUUCUUGCGAGUAAAGGCGGCGCUCUGGUGGUGGUGAAAGUGACUCCUGAGGCCAAUUCCACCCUCUCACCCUUUCCUCCCUCUCACCCUUUCCUCCCUCUCACCCUUUCCUCCCUCUCACCCUUUCCACCCUCUCACCCUUUCCUCCCUCUCACCCUUUCCACCCUCUCACCCUUUCCUCCCUCUCUCCCUUUCCUCCCUCUCACCCUUUCCUCCCUCUCACCCUUUCCACCUUCUCACCCUUUCCUCCCUCUCACCCUUUCCACCCUCUCACCCUUUCCUCCCUCUCUCCCUUUCCUCCCUCUCACCCUUUCCUCCCUCUCACCCUUUCCUCCCUCUCACCCUUUCCUCCCUCUCACCCUUUCCUCCCUCUCACCCUUUCCUCCCUCUCACCCUUUCCACCCUCUCACCCUUUCCUCCCUCUCACCCUUACCACCCUCUCACCCUUUCCACCCUCUCACCCUUUCCUCCCUCUCACCCUUUCCACCCUCUCACCCUUUCCACCCUCUCACCCUUUCCUCCCUCUCUCCCUUUCCUCCCUCUCACCCUUUCCUCCCUCUCACCCUUUCCUCCCUCUCACCCUUUCCUCCCUCUCACCCUUUCCUCCCUCUCACCCUUUCCACCCUCUCACCCUUUCCACCCUCUCACCCUUUCCACCCUCUCACCCUUUCCUCCCUCUCACCCUUUCCACCCUCUCACCCUUUCCACCCUCUCACCCUUUCCUCCCUCUCACCCUUUCCUCCCUCUCACCCUUUCCACCCUCUCACCCUUUCCACCCUCUCACCCUUUCCACCCUCUCACCCUUUCCUCCCUCUUACCCUUUCCACCCUCUCACCCUUUCCACCCUCUCACCCUUUCCACCCUCUCACCCUUUCCUCCCUCUCACCCUUUCCACCCUCUCACCCUUUCCUCCCUCUCACCCUUUCCACCCUCUCACCCUUUCCUCCCUCUCUCCCUUUCCUCCCUCUCACCCUUUCCACCCUCUCACCCUUUCCUCCCUCUCACCCUUUCCUCCCUCUCACCCUUUCCUCCCUCUCACCCUUUCCUCCCUCUCACCCUUUCCACCCUCUCACCCUUUCCUCCCUCUCACCCUUUCCACCCUCUCACCCUUUCCACCCUCUCACCCUUUCCUCCCUCUCACCCUUUCCACCCUCUCACCCUUUCCACCCUCUCACCCUUUCCUCCCUCUCACCCUUUCCACCCUCUCACCCUUUCCACCCUCUCACCCUUUCCUCCCUCUCACCCUUUCCUCUCUCUCACCCUUUCCACCCUCUCACCCUUUCCACCCUCUCACCCUUUCCACCCUCUCACCCUUUCCUCCCUCUCACCCUUUCCACCCUCUCACCCUUUCCUCCCUCUCCCUUUCCUCCCUCUCACCCUUUCCUCCCUCUCACCCUUUCCUCCCUCUCACCCUUUCCUCCCUCUCACCCUUUCCUCCCUCUCACCCUUUCCUCCCUCUCACCCUUUCCACCCUCUCACCCUUUCCUCCCUCUCACCCUUUCCACCCUCUCACCCUUUCCACCCUCUCACCCUUUCCUCCCUCUCACCCUUUCCACCCUCUCACCCUUUCCACCCUCUCACCCUUUCCUCCCUCUCACCCUUUCCACCCUCUCACCCUUUCCACCCUCUCACCCUUUCCUCCCUCUCACCGUUUCCUCCCUCUCACCCUUUCCACCCUCUCACCCUUUCCACCCUCUCACCCUUUCCACCCUCUCACCCUUUCCUCCCUCUUACCCUUUCCACCCUCUCACCCUUUCCACCCUCUCACCCUUUCCACCCUCUCACCCUUUCCUCCCUCUCACCCUUUCCACCCUCUCACCCUUUCCUCCCUCUCACCCUUUCCUCCCUCUCACCCUUUCCACCCUCUCACCCACCCCUCCCCAGCCCAACCUUAUGCCACAGGGCGCCUACAUUCCGCUUGGACCUGCUGCAGGCUCGGGCCACCAUGCAGGCAGGCAGCUAUCAGUCAUCAUAAGGCUCUCGAUAUCUUUCCCCUCUGCCUCCACCGUUCGCAUCUCCCUUCGUCUCCCCCUUUCAUCCCCUCUUUUCCCCUUGCUCUUCGCCUCCACUCCGCCUCCCCCCUCCUUCCCCACUUUCCAUCCCUCCUAUCUGUGCCCACGCGUGUUUAUUCCAGGAGAAGCAGCGAGGCGAGGGGCCAAGCACUUGAAAGCAGACGAAACCUCUGAUGGCGAAGGCACUGCUGCAGCUGUUCCUGCAGCUCCUGCUGAUGCAGCUGCUGGUGCGGAGGAGGAGCAGGGGCAGGAGGGCUUCUCCUUCCGUGUGUGCGACUCGCUGCUCAACAUUGGCCCCAUCCGAGACCUCGUGCCCGAGAAGCAGCGAGGGGCGAAGCGCUUAAAAGCAGACGAAGCUUCUGAUGGCGAAGCGGGUGCUGCAGCCGACGUCGCUGGUGGUGCGGAGGAGGAGGAGGAGGAGGAGGAGCAGGGGCAGGAGGGCUUCUCCUUCCGUGUGUGCGACUCGCUGCUCAACAUCGGCCCCAUCCGAGACCUCGUGCCCGUCCCUGCAUUCCCCACGCCCACUUCCCAGCAGCAACAGCAGCAGCAACAGGAAGUGGGAAAGCUGCAGAUGCUAGUGGCGUGCAGUGGGCAUGGGAAGAACGGUGCGCUGUCGGUGCUGCUGCAGCGAGUGCCACUGGACGUGCUCACACAGGUACGCCCAGCCCACUCCCCAGAAGGAACAGCAACAGCAACAGCAGCAGCAGCAUCAGAUGCUGGUGGCGUGCAGUGGGCAUGGGAAGAAUGGCGCUCUGUCGGUGCUGCUGCAGCGAGUGCCACUGGACGUGCUAACACAGCCAGGGAGGGAGGAGAAGAUGGGCAGGCAGCAGCAGGCGGGGCGGGAGGGACAGCCGUAGAGGGGGAGGGAGCAGGAAAGGGAGGUAUAGGAGGGGUUGAGGGCGGUGAGCAGGGGUGUGGAGCAGGUGCUAUGGAGGUGGAGGGAGGGAGUGGGGUGGGGGGUGGAAAAGGUGCUAGAAACAGUGAGCUGCUUCGGGAGGUAUCAGCAGAAGUCGGUUCUAUCACCGACAUCCCGACCCUCCUGGCUGCCAAUUUCUUCCCCCUCCCGGCCCCUUUCGUGCCCCAUCCCUCCCUCCCUCCCUCCCUCCUGCCUCCCUCCUUCCCUCAGGUGCUAGAGACAGGUGAGUUGCUUCGGGAGGUCUCAGCGGAAGUCAGCUUUAUCACCGAUGCCCCCACCCUCCUGGCCGCCAAUCUCUUCUCUCGCCGCUGCAUCCUCCAAGUCACUCCCUCUGCCGUCCGAUUGCUCGCCAGCUCAGCCAGCCUGCUGCAGGAGAUGCUGCCACGUGGCAUGGUGGUUGAGAGAGGGCAGGAGGGCUGGGAGGGGAUGGAGGAGGGGAAGGAGGGGGAAGAGGACGUAGAGAUUGAGUCUGCUGACGUGGCGGAUCCAUAUGUCAUGCUGCGAUUGGUGGAUGGCCGAUUCAUUCUACUUGGACCAGAUCCGUCCAAACCUCUCUCUCUGGUGCCCAUUCCAUGCCACCUCCCCUCUCCUUCCUCUGACCCUAUCACGGCCUACUCUCUCCUCCUCUCCCCCUCGCCAGCCAUAUCCAAUUCCCAUAGCUCCACAACCACCACCAGCGGCACCAGCACCAGCAGUGCAUUGGCUUGUGCCCUUGGCAGUAGUGGUGGCAGCAGCGGUGGUAACAGCAGUGGCAAAGGAACUCCCUCCUUUACUGCUGCUCCUCCUUCUCCUCCUGUUCCCCUCUGUGCUGUGGCUCGUAGAUCCGGCCUGCUCCAGUUGUACCUUCUCCCCUCUCUCCGCUGCGUGUUCUCCUCCCUGGGCCUUGCGGAUAGUCACACUCUCUUGAAGCACACUCCUGCUGCAGCCGCUGCUGCUGCGGCUGUUGUUGCUGCUGCUACAGAUGCAGCAGAGGCAGGCAGAGGAGGAAAGGAUUCUCUUCCUGUAGGAGGAGAAGCCACAGAUGCAGGUACAGCCGCCGCUACGGCUGCCCCUGCAGCCGCCGUUACAGCCACUGCCACAGCAGGGAGUGAAGCAAUGGAGGUGGAUAUUAAGCCUGGGGAUGCUGAGAAGAAGGCAGUGGGGAAGCAGGAGUCGGGGAAAGUGGGGGUGGGAGGAGAUGAGGAGAUGGUGGUAAAGGAGGAGAGGAGGGAUGGGGAGGGGAAGGAGGAGGGAAAGAAGGAGGCGAAAGAGGGUGAUGUUGAGAUGGAUGGUGGCAGUGGUGCUGGCAAUGGUGUGGGUAAGGGCACAAAUGUCAAAGCAGAGGAGAAAGGAGUGAAGACAGAGGUGAAAGAAACAGAGGGGUCACAGAAAAUAGAGAAUGAUGGAGCAGUAGCAGCAGUGACAGCACACACGCCUGCACCAGUUGCCACCUCAGCACACAUGUCAGCGCCUGAUUGGCCGAAGCAGUUUGUCGUGGAUCUGCACGUGUCUGUCAACCCUGUCACCGGGCGGCUGUUUUUGUUUGUUGUGCUUUCAGACGGGCGGCUGCUGGGCUUCAGAGCGUUCUGCCCCUCGGGAGCUUCCCCUGGAGAUGUGAUUGCAGCGAGUGUGACAGUAACAGGGGAGCGUGGUGUGAAGGUGGGAGGGCGAGCAGGGGGAGGAGGAGGACAUGGGGUGGGGGAGGGGGAACCUGGAGGAAGGGCAGGUAGCAUUGGGGUAGGUGGAUUUGGGGUAGGUGGGUUGCGGUUCAAGAGGGUUUGUUUAGAGGAGGAAGAGGCAGGGAUUCAUGAGGUGGAGGGGGAGGAGGAAGGGGAGGAGGAGGGAAAAGGGGAGGGGGCGGUGGGGAGAGGGGCAGGUCCUAGUGGGGGAGCAGGGGGAGAGGGCAGGAUGAAGCAGGAGGGAGGGGGCGAGAAAGGGGGAGGUGAGAGUGGGGGAGGUGAAAGUGGGGGAGGUGAUCCUGCAGCAGAAGAGAAGGCGCAGGGAGAGGAGGGUGCGGAGAGGAGCAGGAGGGCUGGGAGGGCGAGAAAGAAAAUGCUGUUUCCGUAUCAAGGGGUGGGGCUGGAGGGGAGUGGAGGAGGGGGUGGAGGAGGGGGGUUUGGUGGGAGGGGUAAGGGGGGUGUUGGUGACAGUGGUGGCAUUGGCGGUGUGUUUGUGGCUGGGAGUAGGCCCAGAUGGCUGAUGCUGCUGCGAGAUAGAGUGUGGGUGCACCCUGUGGCCGCAGAGGCAGCAUCGAGCGUGGUGGCAAUGGCGCCCUUCCACAACGUCAACUGCACGCAUGGCUUCCUCCUCAUCUCCUCUCUAGGCGUGCUCUCCAUCUGCCAGUUGCCCCCUCUCUUCCAGUUCGACAACGCAUGGCCCCUCAACAAGGUGUCUCGGCCAGUGUCUCAGUUCCUGGUUCCUUCCCUAGAAGACCCAAAAGAUCCAACAACCGCAGCACUAGGCUUGGCCGGACCUGGAGGUCCGGGAGCUCCAGGAUCCUCCGGCACAGACGCCGAAGCAGUAGCUAUGGUUGAGGACUUCCAGCUUCGGGUGGUAACCUGCCCGAGCCUAGAGGCCCCGAGCCGCGCCCUGGAGGUUCGGCAGAGAUUUGAGUUCCAGCCGUUUGAAGCGGUGACAAUGGUGAAGUCAGUGGUGCUGAGGAAUCGCAGCAGUGGGCAGUUACAGACGCUCCUGGCUGUAUGUACGACGUUUAUCACAGGGGAGGACGCACCUGGGAAAGGCAGGAUCCUGCUCUUCGAGUACAACCCACUGGCAACAGCUGAUGGGGAUGGUCCUGCUGCUGCUGGCACUGGUGCAGCCGCAACGGCAGAUGCAGAGGGUAAAGCGGCAGGUGGAAGCAAUGGAAUUCCCUUGCUGAGGGAGCUCUAUUCAAAGGAGCCCAUAGCGGGUAGCAGUCAAAGAGGCAGCGUGGCAGCACUCACGGCGCUGCAGGGCAAUCUGCUGCUGGCAGUCGGGCGACAGCUGGUGCUGUAUGCAUGGAACGGAGUGGAAUUAGAAGGAAUCGCCUUCCUUGAUGCUCCUCUCUACGUGGUUUCCAUGGCAACGGUGAAGAGCUUUGUGAUUGUAGGUGAUGUGCUAAAGAGCGUCUACUUCCUGCACUGGAGAGAGGAGGGCGCUCAGCUCACCCUCCUCGCGCGCGACUUUUUCUCUCUGCCGAUCACAGCCGUCGAUUUCCUCAUCGACGGCUCAGCUCUCGGGCUGCUGGCCACCGACACGGCCAAGAACCUCCAAGUCUUUGCCUACUCCAAGUCCAUUGAGACACACAUGGGUCAGAAGCUGCUGCUUAAAGCAUCUUUCCACACAGGAGAGGUGCUCUCGAAGGUUCUCCGGCUGCCGCUGCCCCCUCCUCUUGCCACAGCAGCAGGAGGAAGAAGAGGAGGAGCGGGAGGAGGAGGAGCAGCAGCUUCGGGCCGAACCAACAGGUUCGGCGUGCUUGCAGGGACGCUCGGCGGGGCGAUUGUGGUGGUGACGCCAGUUCCAGAGCUGGUGUUUCGGAGGCUGGAUACAGUGCAGCGUUACAUGGUAACCGCAGUGGAGCAGACAGCAGGGUUACACCCGCUGGCGUUCCGGGCGGUGCAAGGGCUGGGGAAGGGGCAGCAGCAUUCCGGAGUGGAGCGAAUGAUUGACUCUCAGCUUCUUGCUCAGUAUGCACUGAUGGAGGACAGUCAGCAGCAGCAGCUAGCAGAGGACGUCGGUUCCACUCGUCCCAUGGUGCUGCAGAACCUGCGGGACCUUGCCCACAAUGCCAUGCUCUUCUAG